UACCUAGCAGAAUUAUACUAGCUCUGAUCUACCUCUUUCAAAACCAAUUUUCGUUCAACAAAUUUGUCAAUUUAAUGAAGAUUUCAACACGUGAGCUGAUGAGCUGGAAGCUGGACACUCGUCGUCUCAUGCAAGAUUGAUUUCACUACAAAAUUCUGUAGUUGAGUAAUGCUCAAAAGGAGCAGUCCAAUGACUGGCGCAGGACAGAAGGAAGCGAUGAGCCCUGAAAGUGGAUACUCCGAGAGCUCACAUACGACCUUGUUGGCCGAGAAUGAGCAGUCGCUCUCAUCAUCCACUACGGUGCCCACCCUGCAGAACUACCUGCAAACCUGGACUCCGGAGGAGACUCCAGAAAUGGCGAAUCUGGUCACCAUCACGGUCAAUGGCAUCUCCAUCAACGGAUACUUCAAAAACGACGAUGUGAUCAAAUUGAUGACGGCCUUCAACGUCGGCACCACCACUACCCUGAGCAUGCCCCAUCCUGUCAAUGAUGAAAACCGCUUGACCUCUGAUCUCUGCCACAGCUGGGUCCAGUCUCAUCACAGUGAGACAACAACUGCCAAAGAAGACUGCACGCCUGCUGCCUCUGCCUUUGAUUUCAAAGAUGGCGAUUCUUCUUUUGGACAGGUGUCUUCCACAACCGCUCUAAGAGUAGGUGUCGAUCACACCAUGGCUGACAAACUGCAGCCAAAACUGGCUUGCACAGCCAGGGAAACCUCCCACGCUCCUUUCGGUUUGUCUGAAGUUACGAUGUGCGGGGCAGAAGCGGUGAGUGGUCUUCCGCCUGACGCAGAAGAUUCGUCUGAAGAAGAUCCAGACGAAGUGCCUGUCGUGACCAAGUGGAUGCUGGAAGAGGAUCUGCGGGUGUCGAGUGAUGACGACGAUGACGCCGACAAUGGCCCAGAGCGGCCGCCGCAAGCGCCCAUGACGGAUGCAAUCAUCUUGGACGGCCUGAAACUCAGAAUCAACAAGAGGAAAAUUAAGGAAGCAGCUGUGGCGCCGGAGCCUAAAAAGAAACAUAGAAGCAGGUGGUCCAUCAGCGACGGCAGUUCUUCUGAGAGCAUGGAGGAAGAGGACUUGCCACUGUUUGAUGACGCACUGCUCUCGAAUGACAGCUGCAGCAGCUUCGAGGAUGCAAAUGAGGAAAAUAUGAUCUGCGAGUCGAAAAGAGUGCCGAGGGCCUUGGACCAGGGUACCGUGGUCCCGAAAGAAACAAAGUACAAACUUGAUAUGGACGUCUGGUACGAACAGAGGAGACAGCAGUACGCCAAAUUCAUACCAGAUGCGGCCAAGAAAAUGGUGACCAAUAUGCAGCCGAUUGUGUGGCUGGAACGAGAUCCUUACAUUGACCGCAUAGCUCUUGAUCUACUCUGUCUGGAGAGCAGAGAGAUUAGUGAUGGACAGAGCGACAAUAACUCAUUGCGCUUGCAUUACGAAAGCUCGGAGGAUGACAUUUCUCUCAGCUUCAACAGUGACGGCAACGUGGACUUUCCCAAUCUGUCACCAUUUUCUUCAACACAGGAUGGAGACAUUGUCUUAAAGACGAGUGAUGAUAUCCAAACGCCUCAACAGGAACAAGAAACAGCUGCUGCCUGCGAAACGGCUUGCAAGAAUGUAGAUGAAGUGGUUGCUAAUGAUUUGCACGAUGCAAUCGACAAAAUCCUGGCCGAAAAAUCAUUGCAGCCUGAUGACUCUGUUUGGCAACUCUACCAAACAUACCACGACACUUUUGAGGUUGAUAAUUCGGAUUGCGACCAGUCCCCGGAGAAUUAUCAACUGCUGCUCAACGACUCUGAUAUUCCUGAAUCCCAAGUUCAAUCAACGCUACCUCAAGCAGAUGAGCCCAUGGCAAAGCCGGCUGAAAAUCUGCAGUUAGAUCUCGAGACUCAAAAUGAGUUGCCCAAUCCCUUCAGUCCUGAUGCUGAAAGAGCCCCCAUUGCAGUUGAGCCGGUCCCUGUGCCCUGUGAAGUGGAAGUACCUGCCAGCAUUCAAGAGGCCUCUCCUGAAAUAAUUGAGGUAAGUAGCGAGGAGGGAAAUUCCCAAGCUGAAAGUGAUGAAGACUGUAUCCACUUGGAUGUUAGUGAUGAUGAAUUUGUGUGAGUAUUGAUUUUUUGGUACCAUUUCAUUGCGGCGGAUCAAAUGGAGGGUGUUUUUUUUUAAUAUGAACAGUCACAAUCAGAAUAAUAUUUUAAGGUAGAAUCACUGGCAUAUGAAUUAUUAUUUCAGUUUCGAAUCGAGCCAAAAAUGACAAGCUCGUUAAUUCCAUUAUAUCAAGAAUGCUUUGUAUAAUGUGUAUUUUAUAUCAUUGUUGUGUUGUAUUCCAAGGCGUGCUAUUUAAAUUUAAAUAAAUCCCGUUUGGUUGGUUGUCGCACAAAA